ACGGAACAGCGAAUUAUUCCGAUCCUCUCUCGAGAAAAGUAAAACCCUAACUGGUUUACAGUACGCUGCAGAAAUCUUCAACAAUGGCGGCUAGGAAAGCACUUCUCAACCACCUAAGAAUUAGCGUUCGUUCCAUUCCGCAAAAUACUAGGCCCUUUGGCGCUUUCACUAACCUUCUACGACGCCAUUUAUCAGAUGAGGCGAGGGGUACGUUCCUCGACAAAUCUGAAGUCACUGAUCGUGUCAUUUCUGUUGUUAAGAACUUCCAGAAAGUUGACCCUUCCAAGGUUACUCCAAGUGCCCACUUCCAGAACGAUCUCGGGUUAGACAGUUUGGACACAGUGGAAGUUGUGAUGGCAUUUGAAGAAGAAUUUGGAUUCGAGAUACCCGACAACGAAGCAGACAAGAUCAGCUCUAUCAAUCUUGCUGUUGAAUUCAUUGCAUCUCAUCCUCAGGCUAAAUAGUGAAAACUAGUACCCCCACUAUUUAUUAGCUUUGUUUUUCGACUCUUGACAUGAGAAACCGACCAGCUGAAUCUGAAAACAAAUUCUCAUUUAUCGCUUGAGAUGUUUAAAUAAAAGUUUUUGUUCUUAAAUGUUUUCUAGUUUGCUCUGUUCUGGAUUUUGGCAGGCAAGUUUGCAUUUGCUACUUGUAGAAGAUUAUUGCAUAAUCCAAAUGAUUUUUGUUAUAUCAUAAUUCUAUUCUUAAUGCAACUCUCUUCUUGUUGUGCGACA